AAUGCAGAACUAUAUUAAACCUGUAAUCAUUUUCCAUAUCUUUAAAAAUUCUAUUUUCACCAGCUACUUUAGCAUAAUAUUAACAAAUAUGAUUGGUGCAGUAAUUGUUGUUGUUUCAGUUUUAUUAUUCGUUGGAAGUGCGGAAAUCCUUAACGAUCAAAAAAAUUGUCACAUCACUGAAUCUCUCGUAAACGGCUUCAUUCGUCCGGAGAACAGAACUUUCAUUGAGAUUGGCGAGUAUUUUGAAUAUUUUUGCAACGAAGGAUUUCGUAUAAGAGGGCGACACAAGAGUAUAUGCAUGGCCGGAAAAACUAAAGCCAGGCUGAAAGGAUUUAUGCCUAAAUGCAAAGAUAAAAACGAAUGUCGGAGGAGACCGUGUAAUAAAUACGCAAAGUGCAAAAAUAUUCCAGGAUCAUACGAAUGUGCCUGCAAAUCUGGUUUCUUAGGCGAUGGCAUGACAUGUGUAAAAGAAACGACAAUGCUACCGAGCACUGCAAUACCUGGCUGCUACGAAAACGGAAAGCAUUAUCUUCCAGGCGCAACGAUUUCUUCUGGUCAAGUUGGAAACUGGUGUUACUCGACCAUAUGCGGGGAUGCUGAUGGCACUGUGAUAGAAUCUGAUGAUUUCAAUUGCAAUGGGGAAAUUACAGUACCGACGACCACUUUCCCAACCCCCAUAAUGUCACUUGGAUGCGAAUAUGAAGGAAAGUUUUACUCGCCCGGUGCAACCAUUUCAUCGGGGCAGAGUGGGAACUGGUGUUACUGGUCAAUUUGCAACGGAAGUGGAAAUAUAAUCCAAGCAGAUGAUUUCAAUUGUAACAAAGAAUCGUCAACGGCUGUCCCGACCACUAAUCCAACUUCUGUUCACGUGAAUACAGGGGAACGAUAAGGCAGGCGUAAUCGCCACAAAGCUAUUCUGACAAAGAAUGCAAGCUUUAAUAAAAAAUUUCGAUUGAAAAUUUAAAUUCGUGACUCACCAUGUUUGCUAUUUAUUAAUCAACGGACGCAAAAUUGUGGAGAUUCUCAUCUAAAUUUUAACAUCUAGGUAGAUAAAAGGAUUUUUUUUUAAAUUCACAUAAAUAAACAUCAUGGAUUUUA